AUGUAUUUCACAAAAAAUAAGACAAAGCCUGAAUCCCCAUCCACUGACAGCCAGCCUCAACAGCCUCUCUUUGCCAGGUCUCGCUCCAAGAGCGGUGGAACCACCCUAUCUAGCCCCAGCGGAGGGGGGCAGAGUGCCUGUAAGGGGCGCAUCAAGGCCGGGAAGAAGGGCAGCAAGGUACCCCAGAUCAAGCGAAGUGGCUCCGAGCCUAAUCUUUACCUUCAGAAGCAGCUGGAAGCGGAGGAUGAGCUGGAGAUGCAAUCGGAAGCAGAUGGCGGUUCUCCAAUCAAACAACGGAGAGGUUCUGCUGGAUCACAGGCUAGCAGUAACAAGCAAUCCCGUUUGAUGUCUCCUGGCUCCAACAGGAUCUCCCCUCCUGGAGGUGGAUCCUCUAAGCUCCCAAUUAAACACAGCACCUCCACCCAAAACCUCAGUAUGAACGGCUCCUCCAGGAGUUCCUCAUCCUCCUCCAGCUCUUCAUCUUCUUCUUCUUCCGUCGCUUCCGCUGCAGCCAAACGAGCCACCAGCCCCGGCCCAAGCAAGCGUGGCACUAGCCCAGGCAGGACCAACAAGCGAGGCACCAGUCCAGGCCCCACAAAACGUGGCACCAGUCCCGGUCCCACUAAACCUCAGCGAGGCACCAGUCCUGGCCCUUCUUCCAAAAAUCGAGCCAUCAGCCCGGGUAGGACACCGCGGACCAAACAGGUGAUGUCUCCAACUGCAGGGAUAAAGAUGCCUUCAAGCAGUGUGAGCAAUGCUAAUAAUAGCAACAGUGACGAAUGCACUGGGAAACUGAGCAAGAUGGCCAAGAUGUAUCGCAAUCUGCACAAGAAGGAACUGAAAAAUAAUGAAGACAAUGCCAAUAAUAACAACAACUGUAAUGACUUCGUGAGCGGAACUUCAAGCAACAGUACCCUACACAGUGGUGAUGCUACUGAUAUGCCAUUGUAAUGUUGAGGACAACUUCAUUAUUCACCAACCGGGAGCAUAAUUUUGUGCCUACAUGUACUUUGAUGCAUUGAGCUUUAGCUAUCAAGUUUAAAAGUCUGUUUGUACUCGCAUGUAUAUGGUGAAAACAUUAUGUCUAUUCCUGGUGCAAUGUUGGGGGAUUUUUUUACACCUGAAUGAGGCUUCAGUUAGUGUUUUAUGAAUCGUACGUAAUUCCCAAAAUUGUACAAUUUAUGCCACAAGUGCCGUUGACAUGAUAAGGAGACCAGUCAUGCCUUUAGCAUGAUACACACUAUGCAAAGUUUGUUUAUAUCAAAAGUUUAAUUAUGCAUGUACUCAGUGUUUAGGGAUUUACAGUGCUUGCAUGAGGUGAAGGCUGAUGGUGUGUGUAGUCUUUCAAUAUGUGCACUUCCCGUUCUGGUUCUGGGCCUGUUUCAUGAAGACUCAUAGUAAAUUUGCAUGCAAUUGUUGCUAACUACCAUGGAAAACUUGGUUUUGAUUGGCUGCUGAACCCUGUUACCAUGGUAGUUACAACGAUAGCAAGUCUUUGUAAAAUUGGACCCUGGGAUAGUACCAAUGAGAUUCAUGGAUAGGAUAAACUCAUAGGCCCGUAUUCUGAAGUCGGGUUUAACUUAAACUCAGGUUUAAAGUUGUGGUUUAAGUAUGGACAGCCAAUUGUUACAUAAAUCACUAAUGGUAGAGAUAUCAUAUUUCAGCUCAUUUGGCUCUCAAAUCAUUCAUAAUUGUCUAGGAAGUAUAUAUAGAUUAUUGUAUUCACCAUCGAUGAAUCAGGAAAAAGCACAGUAAACAUAAGAAACGUACAACUUAAUAAAAAAAAAUGAUACUUUUGGCUUCCCAUACUUAAACCACAACUUUAAACCUGAGUCUAAGUUAAACCUGACUUCAGAAUACGGGCCAUUCUUUCUGGUGGGCGUUUCAUAAAGCUGUUCGUAAAGUUACGUACACCUUUACACACAACUGGUACAUAAUCUUCGGUCCUAACUCAAUUAUAUAGGGAUAUAUCUUUUGGCAUGAGAAAGGGUUACCAGUGGUGCGUAAAGUCAUUUGUAUCUUAUGAACAGCUUUAUGAAACACCCACCUGGUAUGCUGCGUAGUUUAUCAUUCUUCAGUAGUGUAUACAGCUUGGGAAGUAAUUAUUAGACCAUACCAUAUGGGAGCUUGGUAGGGAAAUGGUGUAAUAACUUUUUUCAAAAACUGUUUAAUGUACAGUUAUCUUUUUCAGUCAAAUGAUUGGCUAAGUGAAAGCAAUUCUUCAGACCAGAAAAUGCAAAGCAUGCAUUAUUUUCUUAGUUUCACAUAUAUGAGGGUCCUGUCUUACAAGGAUUUGUGGUUGAUCAAAUCAAAGUCAACUAUAUGGAAAUCCAUGAAUGUCGUAGCUUUCCCUUCAAACAAUUUGCACAAUGUUCUUUUGUAAACAAAGAGGAGCAUGCUAAAUCGUCAAGUAAACAAUUAAUGUAUGAAUAUUCAUCAUAUCUAGAAAAUAUUUUGAACAAACAUGCAUUUAUAUGUUGAUGUUGCUGACUUGUGGUUGAUCAGAUCAAUCAUAACUAUUUGUAAGAUGGGGCCCUGAGUUGCGAUUGAUCCAAUCAAUCACAACGAUGGAAAGCGAGCAACAUCAACAUUUAAAUACAUUAUUGUUGAAAAUAUUUCUAGAUAUGGUGUAUAUUCAUACAUUCAUUGUUUUCUUGAAUAUUAACUGUGCUUCUCUUUGUUUCAAAUGAACAUUGUGCAAAUUUCCCGUAGAAUAAAUUAUGUCAUUGAUGGAUUUCCAUAUAGUUGAGGUUGAUUCUCAAGUUGGCUAAAAACAUUUACAAAUUCUUGGAAUCAUUCAUUUUCACGUCCACUUUAAGUUAUGGAUUUAGAAUAUUACAGGAAGCAUUUAGUUUGUUUCCUUGUGUACAGUAUUCCCUGUUUUGAUCUUGUUGUCAUUCAUUAAAAAAUUGAAUUUCUCCUCCUGGUUACGUGCUGCAAAAAUUGAAAAAAAAAAUGCAUGUUAUUGUAAUUUGUACCUGUAAAAGAAUGAAAAUGAACAACAACAGCAUUAAACAAAUACUUCAAAUGUGUUUUAAAACCAGUGUGUGUCUUCGGUGAUAACUACAGUGCAAUAUUAAUUAUGUUUCAUCAGCAUCUUGAUAAUACUUAUCUUGUAUACUUUUCAUUUUGAAAAUAAUAUGUAAAUAAUUGGGAAAUGAUUUGAACGUUCAUUUGGGAACACCAAUGUUAAAAGAUAUGAAUUGUUUUUACUACCAUGCAAAUGAUCACCUAAAUGGGCUUUCAAAUUUGAUGGAUGGUGCCUCAGAAAAUAUCAAAAUUAUAUUCCUUUUUUGUUGUUGUCCUGUUGUCACUAACGUCUUUGUCAAAUCUUGUGUUUUAAUUGAUUUGUUGAAUUAUUUGUAAAUUUAUAGUAUGUGGCAAUAAAUUAUAGAUUAGAUAAUUUACCAUAUUUUGUAAAUAUGUUUGUACAUUUAUGAUUGAGAUUUUAUUACAUUUGCAUAGAAAUGCUUGCCUUUAUAUAUUCAAAGUCACAUAUUAUUAUUUGUGUUAUAUUGGGAGGACCACAAUAAUAAGUUUGGAUGAAACAAAAAAUAA